UGCAAAGUGAUAUGUACUUUAAGUUAAUACGAUUACACCAAAGCACCUUUCGUAAUAUGGCCUCUGAGAAUGGUUGCGCAGCCCACUCGGCGGCGACACAGUUCUUUUUGCACAGAGCUGAGGAAUUAGAGCGAAGCAAAACAAGCUUAAACGGGCAAGCCCAAGCAUUGGGUGCGUACGAUGGCAUGCUGAAACCCUUUAUGGAUGGCAUAGCGCUCAACUUAAGAGGCAAUGUGCAACAAGAUGAAGAGCUUCUGACAACUCUACAAGUGCUGGCUUUUCAAGCUGGUGAUGAUGGCCAAGCAUACCGUGAGAAUCAAGGGAUGGAACGACACAACAUCAAUUCUAUGCGUGGUAUUGUUACGAACUGGAUGAAUGCUGAACGUACCAGAUACAAGAGCGCUCUACAGGGGAUAGAACUUUUGUCGGAGAAUAUCGAAUAUCUAGACACGGAUUCGAUGCUGAGCGGCCAACCUCAGCCAGUCCACACACCCACACCACGUGAACAAGUGAACCAGCCACAAACAAGUGUGGCACAGCAUGCCCCAUCGCAAACAACUGCACCAGCUGUCAAUUCUCCCUACAGUAGCCACGCUCGCGAUCCUUUCGAUGGUGCGGCCGAUCAAGGAUUCGAUGAUCCGCAUGCAGCAGAUCCAUUUGAACAGACCUCGACUAAUGAUGUUUCAAAGGCACGCAGUGUGCGUGGCAAGAAGGGCAAAGGGGACAAGUUAGAGAAAACGAGUAGUAAAGGUUCAAGUAAAAGCCACAACAUGUUCGGCACAUUAAAACGAAAGACGAAGUCGUUGACUCUGAGGAAGAAGGGGAAGAAAGACGAACCGGCGAACUCGCAAUCUGACUUGUCCGGCGAGGCCAACAGUACCACAAAUAUGCCGGACGACGUCCACAGCACUCACACCACCACAACAACCAACACAACAACCAAUACAAACGCGAACGAGCAGUCUGCAACGGAUGCUCGCCACACUCAGGAACCAAUCCCCAUUUCUUAUGCUGCGGGAGAUACCAACAUGACUACAAACUCAGCUACAGCCACAGACACGCACAGCCAAAUGGCUGCAGAAGCAACCCCCGAUUCCAGUUUUUAUACACCGUCUGACGUGAGCACGUCUGCCGCGACAAACCCAACUGCGUAUACAAACGCCGGCGAUCCUAAUGUGAACGUGUCCAUGCCUGCACCGGCGGGUGUUGUGGCAGCCCCAUCAGAACAACUGGACAAUCCAUUUGGCGAGUAUGGGCAAAUGGGCCAGGACGGGCUCACCCCUGGAAUGCCAGUAGAUAACAACAAUGUAUCGGGAUUGGCGUUCGUCCCAGAGCCGCCAGUCGAUUCCCAGGGCGCCCCACAAAGCGCCCUCGUGGACGAUGGUGGCAGUCAGGUGGUGGUCGCCGCCAACCAAGGUUCCGAUGACAGUUUCUCAGACAGCUCUGACGAAGAAGAAAAGGGGAAGCCCGCAAUCAUGGUCAAAAUAAGACCAAGAGAUGAGCACGAGCAGAUAAAUGAAGAUGUAGAUUAUUCAAGCUUCAAGCUGGAUAGUAUCAAUUCGCCCCCCUCAAGUCGCGCGAGGAGGGAAAGGAAUACACCACAACGACAGCAAGAUGAUACUCCUUUCGAUAUGGGUGAACCCAGAUGGAAGAGUGAACAGGCUAUGAGUCAGACGCCCGCCUUGAGCUCCUCGUCGAUUGCGGAUAGUUCUGGAUCAAUACCCGCGAUGGCGAGGUCGACGACCACUCCUGCUUUGUUCAUCGCAACAGCUGAUGCUGAUCCGGAUGCGCAACUGUCGAAAGCCGUGGCUAUGCAGGCUGCUCUCACAGAAACCAGUAACGUGUACUUUAAAGGUGCGAAGGUCGGAAAGUCACUUCUCGCAGGAAAGUUGAUGCUUUCCUUCAACCAGUGUCUAGAGAGGGUAUUAGAGGAUGCUGAAAGGUCGCAACCGCUUACGCUCAACUUUAGCUCAAAGGUGUCUAUAAGCCAAAUUGUUAUGAAUCCCGCCUUCCGGGAAGCAUCACGCGGGACUUCGAAGUUGGCAGCGGGAGAAACAUUGACACUGCAGGUGUCCGCUUCAGACCUGAUGGCUACCCUCAAAAAGAAAAAUCCACCGGCCCAGGGUAUACAGAUGGUAGGUAAAAGCUACCGGUUGACACUGAUGACAUAUCAGUCUGUGUCGCAGAACGGUACAGACCUGGUUCCGCUCUUGGUGCAUACACAGUGGGAUUGCGCAACUAACGAAACGAAAGUAGUAUGUGAUUACAAAAUCAACUCCGAAAGCGUAGGAGCACCUGAGCUUGCACUGAGUGACGUGAAGAUUGCGGUGCAAAUGGCGGGUGAUAAAGCGACCGGGUGCGAUAGUCAGGCAGCCGAUGCACAUUGGGAUGAAACUACUCAGAAAUUGGAAUGGACUAUCCCGAAACUCGAUAGAAGCACUAACACCGGUGGGACUAUCACGGCGCACUUCUCAGUGGAUGGCAAGUCCAAAAGGACAAAGACGAUGGUCCGAUUCCACGCGAACAGCUCAAUUAUGUCAGGUGCAGUGUUAGAGAAUGCAGCGGAAGCCCCAGCCUAUUUUAGACUCAGGAAAGUUAUAAGGAAAACAACCGCCGGAAAGUACAUUUCUGAUUUCACCAGUGAAUCCGCCGAUGGAACCGGUGCGCCCGUGCCAAAACUGCCCUCUGCACGUGUGAACUCACUGCGCAAAAUGCCUUUGCCGAAGGAGGUCCAGGGCGACACUCCAGCUGAUGAACAAACGACACCACAAACGGUUAUGUCAAAGGAGGAAGAGAGCAAACAACCGGAUCACACACACGCCGGUGAAGAUCCACAACCGCCACUGCAGGAACCAUGGAUGGCCCAACCAGGUGUCGUUGGCAUGGACCCAACUGCAGCAGUCGCCGCAGCUGCACCCGCCCCGGGGCCUUUCGAUUUCAUUUCCGCUGGGAUCUCCGGCGCCUAUGGGACACUGACGGGAGAUACAGUUGACGCUAAGAGCAUCACGCCAAACCAAACCGGAGAUAGUGGCGAAGCUUCAGCUACGGCUCAAAGCCAGUUGGCGGAUGAAAGUAUCAUUCCGAGGAAGUCAUCUGUUCCACCCUCACACCCUCCACCUCAACGGAAUUCUCAGGACAUUUUAGGGUCGCCGCCAGAGCUACCCCCGCCUCGGAAGAGCAGCAGGGGGGGUGUCAGCAAUCCUUUCGGUGACAACUAGGAACUAGCAGAUAAAUACUGUCAUAUUUUCGUACAUUAAUGUUUCUAAUGACAUCUGUUUUCCUUAUCAUACACAUUAGUCGCUUCGUAGAGGUACCUAAUAUGACAGUAUUAAUGCCAAUAAAGUAUGUGCGCUGAAAAAAAUAUUCAGGCAUUUAUAUUGGGUGGUAGGACCGACCUUAGCCCGACACAGG